AGCUGAAAGUUUGGCAACAUCAAGAAGCAGAUCAACUGUGCCUCAAGACUUAAGAGCAUCGCUGAACGUUGUGAUAGCAUUGAGAUUGUCUGAAAAUUGGGGAGAAUCAUGGCUACAUCUAAGAAUACGAACACGUAUAAUCGGCAGAAUUGGGAGGAUUCCGAAUUUCCCAUAUUAUGUCAAACGUGCUUGGGCGAGAAUCCCUAUCUGAGGAUGGUCAAGGAGCGCUAUGGCAAGGAAUGCAAGAUCUGUACCCGGCCUUUCACUGUUUUCCGGUGGAAUCCCGGGGCCAAAAUGCGGUUCAAGAAAACUGAAGUCUGCCAAACGUGCGCCAAGAUCAAAAAUAUCUGCCAGACCUGCCUUUUGGACUUGGAAUAUGGAUUACCGGUGCAAGUGCGAGAUGAAGUGCUCAAGAUCAAGGACGAGUUGCCCACAUCCGACGUUAAUCGGGAGUACUAUCUCCAACAAAUGGAUGCCCAAUUGGCCAAGACCGAUGGCACCGUAUCGGCUUUGGGCGGCGGGGUGGGCAAGAUUUCCACUCAAAAGCACGAGAUGCUGACCAAAUUGGCGCGAACCACCCCUUAUUACAAGCGAAAUAGGCCCCACAUUUGCUCGUUCUGGGUCAAAGGCGAGUGUAAACGAGGCGAAGAGUGUCCCUAUCGGCACGAACGCCCUUCAGAUCCGGAUGAUCCUCUGUCCGACCAAAACAUACGGGAUCGCUACUAUGGUGUUAAUGAUCCGGUGGCAGACAAGAUCAUGAAGCGGGUAUCGAAUCUGCCUACUUUGGAUCCGCCUGAAGAUCCGCAUAUCACCACGCUGUACGUGGGUGGACUGGACGAAACUAUCAAUGAAUUCGACAUCAAGAACAACUUCUACCAAUUUGGCGAGGUACGCAACAUUACAGUGGUCCAAAAGCAAGGUUGCGCAUUCGUCCAAUACACAAAGAGGUCUGAUGCCGAAACGGCCGCCAAAGAGACCUUCAACAAGUUGGUAAUCAAAGGCAAGAAGAUCACCAUUCGAUGGGGAAGAUCCCAGGGUAAACAGGGGGCUAUUGAAGGCCAGCCAGGAGGAUCCGGUCCAAUGGUCCCGGUGCCUGGCCUGCCUGGGGCGUUACCCCCACCCCCUGAGGAGUUGCAGAACAAUUUCUUCGGCUUGGCGCCUUCCACAUCUGGAACUCAAGCGCCAGCGGUGCUUGGUAUUAUCCCCUACAUGUUCCCCAGACCACCAGCAGGCGCCGUGGUACCAGGAAUGGGCCCGGGCGCCAUUCAUUACCCUUCGCAAGAUCCCUCCAGAUUGGGAUCUACCCAUCCUUCCCAACAAUAGUGUAAAUCUUCAAUCCUAUGAAUGAGAAUACAUUCGUCUGGCAUUGCA